AUGAUGAACGACUUGCCGGGCGUCUUGGCGGAGGUGGCCGCGCACAUCGGCCUCCCGGGAUCCGACUUCGACUCCGACCGUCCCGUGCAGCACAGCACCGGCCAUUGCCCGACUCUCGGCCGUGACGAGGACCCCGACUUUUUCGGCGAGGGGGGCAGGUAUGACAAGAUGUUCGAGGAAGAGGACCGCUUCCGGGAAUGGUAUCGGCCGCACAACGAGGUGUGUUUGGCGUUGCUUGACCGCUCGAAGCGUGGUGCUUCCGUUGCUUUGAGUCCUGCUUGCUUGCUUAGAGUGAAACGCACCGCGUGCGGGGAGAACCAUGCCGGGCACCCCGUUUCCUCUCCUCUAGUCCCUCUUGGUUUCCGAUUCUCAUCUUCCACGCCUCCUCCCCGGGAGAAAUUGCGGGGAAGGCGGGGAUGA